AUGCCGGAUAUUGAUUGCAAUCGAGCUUCAGCUAUGGCGACUUUACUUCGAGGAAUUUUGGUUUUGUAUAUGGUGUUGGUGGUUGUGAAUGCAAGAGUUUUGGCUCCUCAUCCAUUUGCAGGAGAAGUUCAACAGAACUUCAUCUCCAAUGUGUUUGAUACUUCCAAGUAUGGUAUUCUUCAGCUACAGAAUGGCUUGGCUCGAACUCCGCAGAUGGGAUGGAAUAGCUGGAAUUUUUUUGCCUGCAAUAUCAAUGAAACUGUUAUCAAGGAAACAGCCGACGCACUCAUCUCCACCGGUUUGGCGGCCUUAGGUUAUGACUACGUUAAUAUAGAUGAUUGCUGGUCCAGUUGGUCACGAGAUUUAAAGGGUCAAUUGGUUCCUGAUCCCAAUACUUUCCCAUCCGGGAUCAAAGCUUUAGCCGAUUAUGUGCAUUCUAAAGGUCUCAAGCUUGGUAUCUAUUCUGAUGCUGGAGCCUUUACCUGUCAAGUUCGCCCUGGAUCGCUUUUCCAUGAGAAUGAUGAUGCAGCUCUAUUUGCAUCUUGGGGUGUAGACUAUUUGAAAUAUGACAACUGCUUCAACUUGGGAAUUGAGCCACAGAAGAGAUACCCACCAAUGCGUGAUGCACUGAAUGCAACUGGACGUACUAUAUUUUACUCGCUGUGUGAAUGGGGUGUUGAUGAUCCUGCAUUGUGGGCAGGCAAGGUUGGAAAUAGCUGGCGAACAACUGAUGACAUCAACGACACAUGGGCAAGCAUGACCACAAUAGCUGAUCUUAAUGACAAAUGGGCAGCAUAUGCUGGACCUGGUGGAUGGAAUGAUCCUGAUAUGUUGGAAGUUGGGAAUGGAGGCAUGACCUAUCAUGAGUAUCGAGCUCAUUUUAGCAUUUGGGCUUUGAUGAAGGCACCUCUUUUAAUUGGUUGUGACAUAAGGAAUUUGACUGCUGAAACAUAUGAAAUUCUAAGCAAUGAAGAGGUUAUUGCUGUUAAUCAAGAUUCACUUGGUGUUCAGGGGAGAAAAAUUUCUGAAUCUGGAACCAAUGGGUGCCGCCAGGUCUGGGCUGGACCAUUGUCUGGGAAACGUUUGGUUGUUGCGCUGUGGAAUCGAUGUUCAGAGAAGGUGACUAUAACUGCAGCAUGGUCUUCCCUUGGACUUGAAUCCUCAACUCCUGUGUCUGUUAGAGACUUGUGGAAGCAUGAAGUUGUUAUGGAGAACAAGGUGGCAUCACUAAGUGCUCUAGUUGAAGCUCACACCUGUGAAAUUUUCAUCUUAACUCCUCAAACAGUUACCCACUCCAUUAUUUGA